AUGGAGGAGAGUAAGGAGACGUGCGGAGGGCUGAAGGCAUGGCGCCUGCACGUGCCUUUGAAUCGAUAUCUAUUAUUAUUUUUGUACUUGUUGGUUGUAUUGGUGCGGGGCUGCACAUACUGGGGUUGGAACGGCAUUCAGGAGAUGCUGUACAAGUCAGGAGCCUAUCUAUGGGAGUGUGAUGAUCCCGAUGCGAUAACAGAGUUGAGGAUAGGUAAUGAAAAGUAUGUAGAUUGCCCUGCAAGAAAGCAGAUGCUUGGGGGUAUCUUUACAACUGCUCUCGGCUCCAAUAUGCUGUCUUCUUUCUUGGCUGGCGUUAUAUUAGAUGCUGUAGGACCGAAGAUAACGAUGCUGUUUGGUAUAGUGAUGGAUAUUGCGGGGUGGCUGUUGCUGGGCUUCUCUGGGGAGAGCUUCCGGGCUUACUAUGCAGCAGCUUUCUGCAUUGGAGUGUCUGCUGACCCUGGGUAUUUACCUUUGUUGUCUGUGAGUAAAUUAUUCCCCAAGAACUCUUCUUUUGUUAUCUCGAUCAUGGGCUCUGUACGUUCAAUCUCCUUUGCAAUACCAGUGGUUAUGUCUGCUGUCUUCCAGAGUGCUUCUUUUGCUCCAGGCGAUCUUUGGAAGAUGUGCGUGGGAUAUGUUGGGGUUGGUCAGGGUAUAUCUCUGCUAGUAACGCUUUUCUUUGUUCCUAUGGCGUCGUUCAAAGCUCCUGCUAUAACACCAGCAGGCGGAGCAGGAGAAGAAGCAGCAGCAGGGGGUGAAUUGCAGCAGCAGGAUCAGGAGCAACGAGAAGAUUCAAAGGAAGAAGGAUCUGUUUCUACAGCAGCAGGAGCAUCACCACAAAAAGAUACACGUUCUUUCUGGCAGCUUCUUCUAGAUCCGAAGUUUUUGUUGUUGCUUCCUAUCUUUGUUUGCGCUCUGGUGCGUUCAGAUUUCUAUGCAAAAUCAAAUAAAGAACAGUUACUGACUUCUGAUGGAAGAGAUCUAUACCAGCUAUUUGCAAUAUUCAAUAUCUUAAGUUUCAUUCCAGGGCCUAUUUUCGGGCGUUUGGUAGACAAGUACGGUAUUAUCUUAGUGCUGGUGUUGUUGAAUAGUGCAGGGGUGUUAAUGUUUCUGUUCCUUGUGUUUGAUCGCAUUGCAUGCAAAGGCCUUUCUGUCUUCUUCUUCUUCGUAUACACCUCGUUUGUGCUGAGUAAUGUAUAUUGCUUUAUUUCUAUCAACUUCCCCGAACAUGCCUUUGGAAAGCUAACAGGGCUUACCUCAGCUACUGGUGGUGUAUUUGUUCUUAUUAGUAUGCUGUGGUAUAAGAAGGUUCUUGAAUUUGAAUCUCCUAAUAACUUUAUAAUUGUUGACGGUAUUAUGGUUGCUGCUGGGCUUCUGGUGUAUGUACUGAUCUUUGUCUUGUGGAGAGUAUCAAAAAAACAAAGAGAAAAACCCUCAAAGAUGGAACAACAAAAAACUCUUCCAGACCCUAACGAGCCUUCUUCUACUAUUUCCGUCUAA